AUGCCACCAUGUGAAGAUCUCAUUCAGGUACCCUUGGUCGCCGCCGUUGUACACUUCGAGUUCAUCGAUGUGGUUCAUCAACAACUUGAAAUUUCAAUUUGGAGAUAUAAAAGAAUUAGACGAAACCUAUCAAGAAAUGUUAGAACAUGUAUUUCAUGUGAUAAACCAACUUUUUACAUUCAAUUAAGUCCAUACGAUUUUGUUCUCGAUAUUGAAGGAAUGGGAAAAGUUCUUAAAAUAAUGGAAGAAGGCUCUAAACUUACAGUUAACUGGUACGCUUACAUCAUCACGUCCGAUGGGUAUUUAAAAUCCGAUACACCAUAA